AUAUCGCAUAGUCUGCGUGGCUGCACGAAGAGCUCCGUGAAGAAAGAGAUGAGCACGACGGUGCCUCUACAUGCUUCUUCCUUUUCUUCCGGAACAACCGGAGCUGGAGGCGGAGUUCAACAAGCUCUUCAACUGCAACAUUGUGCCUAUCACGUUGGAGCAUCGGUUGGCAGUAGUGGUUCAGCACUUAACAACAAUUCAAUUAAUGUUCCUAAUAAUAAUACAAUGGGAAUGUCUUCAGCAGGAAGCUCUAAUGGGAGCAACUUAGUCAAUGGCCAGCAAAGGUCAACUCGUGGAGCUUCAAAGCAACGCAGAGAUCAGAUCAAUGUGGAGAUUCAGAAGCUUCGAGAUCUUCUUCCUCUAUCAGAUCUUAUCAAGGAUCGACUUUUCCAGUUACAAGUGAUGUCCCUUGGGUGUAUUUUCAUACGGAAACAUAGAUAUCAACAAACAGUUCUACAACCCCAGCUGCAAAUGUUACAAAUGCAGAUGUCAUCUCCAAUGCCACGUGGCAUCGAUAUCUGCAAAGCUCUUCGAGGAUUCAUGUUAAUGGUCACGAGAAGUGGAAAAAUACUUCAUGUUUCCGAUAAUGCAAGCGAGUACCUGGGACAUUCAGUUGAAGAGAUUAUGUGUCAGGGAGAUUCAAUUUAUGAUUUGGUGGAUGGGAGAGAUCAUGGUGCUGUACAGGCAGAACUUGCAAGUGGACCUCCAGGAGCUGCAACUUUUCCGGAGGAAAGAGUAUUCAUAUGUCGAUUGAAUUUGGCAAGAACUGCAAAACGACAGUUACAGUAUCAUAAAUUCGUCCUAUUCCAAGGUCGAUAUAUUCAACCUGCCGAAUUUUAUCAACAAUUGAAUGCUCAAAACUCUCAACCUGAUUGUGAUCAGCCAGUUUUCUCGGCUUAUUGUCAACCUCUUAUAAAUCCAGAAAAUGCUGAAGGAAUGUCCACUGGAAAUACACAUGUGUUUAGUACUCAACAUUAUUUGGAUAUGAAAUUUAAGGAAGCCGAUACAAUGGCCUCUCAACAUUUGGGAUUCAGUAAAGAGCAAUUGAAAGGAAUGUCUUGGUACGGAAUGAUUCAUCCUAAUCAUGUACCCGAAAUUGCUCAUAAACAUCGAUUAUUAUGUCAAGAGAAAGAAGGGUCAGUUCUUGCAUUAAUUCGAUUACAAGCUGCAAAUGGAGAAUGGAUAUGGUUGCAUACAGUAUUCUCAAUUCGACCAAAUAAUGAGUUGAAUAGUGAUGGAAAAAGACUUCGUCAUGUUAUACACUGCUUCCAUCAGAAACUUACUGAUCUGGAAGCUGCGACUCUUCAAGCGAAUUCCUGGAUCUACAGCAUGCGACACACUUACCCAACAGUUUUUUCAUGUCAAGAUUCUCCACCACCAUCCGAAGAACAACAACCAUCAAGUCCGCAAACUCCACCAUUCACUGAGCAGCCGCCAAUGCUCGUUGAGCAGAAGCCUCUUAUUGGAGCAGGAAUCGCACCAGGUUUUCCGUCAUUGGAUUACAAUCAGAUAAAAGUGGAAAUUCCAAUGCGUCCAAUCAAUACUCAAAUUCCAUUAUUUACCCCCGAGUCAUCAUCACCGGAGAGUUCUGCAUCCCUUCAUACAUCUUUACUUCCUCAUCAUAAUGCAUUCCCAUUAGACAUUCUUGAAGACAUUUUACCUUCAAAUGACGUGCUCCCAGAGCUUAAAGAUGAAGUGGACGAAAUUCUUCGGCAAGUUGAGCAAUCUCCAGCAACAUCCCCAGCUCAUUCAUUUCCUUCAAAUGUUAAUUUUGGUCAUCGUCAUUCUAUGCCAAAUGCAUUUGAUUCCGCCGAAUUGUACAAAUAUCUAGGACCAGCACUAUUUGAUGGAAAUUUUGCAAUGCAACAUCAACACCACCUCCAACAACAGCAUCAAUCCCAACCGAAUCAUCCUCUUCAAAUGACUCCAAUUCCUCCCAUGUCAUGUCCUCCAUCAAAUUACGGACAAUCAAACUUUCUAUUCCAUCAUCAACAUCUCAAUCAACACCUACAUCAUUCCCAACCUCCGCAUCCUUACCAUUUUGAUUAUUACAACCGAAAACGAAGUUGGGCUGUAUAAAAUAAUUGAAAAUUAGUACUCUAGUAUCUCAUUUCAUUCCAUUACUCAAAUUUAUCUCUUAUAUUUAUUUCCAUUAUAGACUUUUCAAUUGAUGUCUUUCAUUUUCAUUCAUUAUCAGUAUUUAUCCGGGUAGAUUUACAAGAGCUUUCACAUAUUGACUAUAUCAUUCUUUCAAUUUUAUAAUUCUCCUCUUUGUAAGUUUUAAUAAAUAUUUUAUUGUU